AUGGCUGUCCUAGGGUCCUCGUCUCGGCUUACUUGCUGUGCACAGGAGAAAGAAGAGUACUUCAAGCAGCUCUACGCGUUGAACGACAGCUCCGAUGAUGAAGUAGAUGCAAACGACGCCCGAGAAUUUUGGAGACAAAGGAGUGAACGUACACCAGGAGUUUUAUUCCCAGUAUCUUCAGCCUCACGCUCUUCUCAAAGACGGAGUCAGCCAUCGCCAUCCAGGAAGGCACCCACAAUUCAACGGACAACAUCGGCGCCAGUUGCGAGUGAUCGCGUAGUAAAGGAAACACCAGCUGCACCCCUUCGACGCAAGUCCUCUCUUCUUCGACAUGACGUCUCGUUUCAGGAUAUAGAUAGCCGGCUAUCUGGAAGUCUCCCACCUAAUGAUUCUUCAACUUUGAAGCCUGUUCCAGAACGCAGUGCCUCGACUCCGAACAUCGGCUCUGUUGUUAUGAACAAUAGCAAAGGUAUCGCAGCCAUGCUUGGAAAGAGACCUGGAGAGAGCCUUGCUAAGGGCACUACUAAGAAGAAAGCCUCGAAGGCCGCUGCAAUGAAGGGUGCUGUCACGAUGGUUGGGAAAGCUGAUCGUGUCUUCGAUGGGAAGACUAUCUACUGGAUCCCAGAUGACGAUAUUGAUGGCGUUCGUAAGGCGCGCAUCGACAAGGCCAGAGAGUAUGGGGCUACAUGGAGCAAAUUUUGGACAGCAGAUAUCACUCAUGUCGUCGUUGAUAAGAAGUACAGUUACCAACAGGUCAUGGAUUGGUUUGCUCGGAAAACCAAGUGUAACGAACUACCCAGAGGGGUCAUAUUGGUCACUGAGCAAUGGAUUAUUGACUGUGCUUCGUUCAAGCGCAUUCUUGAUCCAGAUCAGAGACAGUACAUCGUCAAAGGACGUCUGGGAAUGUUAGAAAGCAGCUCGAUGUCACCAUUAAGCUCGCAAAGCUCAGAACAAUCUCUCCAAUUGAAAGAUGCGAAGCCUAGAAAAGGAAAGAAUGUUCUUGAAAGCACUCCUUCUCAGAGUCAACCCUCCACGCAAGGCAUUGCUAAGCCUCCUAACGAUGUUUCCUCACGAGUCUCACUCCUGCAAGAUUACCGUCGAGAAACCGAGCUUCCAGCUACUGAUACCAACAUGGGCAAGCGAGGUGAUGUACUUGAUGAGUAUAUUGAUCUGAUUCGGAAGGUGAAGGAUUUGCCUAUUGACGACGAUGAUGAUCUUGGAGAGGACGAUGAAGAUAGCGAUCGCCCAUCAUCCCGAGACGAUCCCGAAGAAUCUUGUGGCUCAGAAGAUGAGCGAGAGUGGAGAAAGCGACAGAAGAACAAGACGAAAUAUAAGAAGUAUCCAGAGGACAAACUUAGCACUUUCACAUGCAUGUACGGUGGUACUGGAAAGAUGAACCAGGACAAUCCGAACCGGCAUACUAUCGACAUUCUACAGCAAAUGGGCGAAUACUACGCUCGAAUUGGUGUUCCAUGGAAGCCACAAGCUUAUCAAAAAGCCAUUGGAACUCUGAAGAAGCUAAACGUCAAGAUUGACUGCUUUGAAGAUGCCAUUCGUCUUCCAAACCUCGGGGCCAGAAUUUCCAAGAAGAUAGAGGAAAUCUGCACUACAGGGCAUCUGCGGAGACUAGACAAUGCUCUUGCUGAUCCCACUGAUAAGACUCUACAGUUAUUCCUCAGAAUCUACGGAGUUGGUCUCACUCAAGCACACAAGUGGGUCCAAGCAGGCCACAAGUCCUUGGAAGACCUGCGCGCUCUCCCGGACUUGCAAAAAAAUCAACGUAUCGGCAUUGAUCACUACGAUGAUUUCAAUACAAGAAUCCCCCGAGAUGAAGUCACUGCACUUGGACAAAUUGUUAAGAAGGUCGCUCUGGAAAUCGACGGCAAUGUCGAAGCUAUCAUAGGAGGGAGCUACAGACGCGGUGCCGACACGUCAGGAGACAUUGACUUCAUCAUCACAAAGCGCAAUACCAAAUCCAGCUGGGAUCUGCUCCACUUCCUCGAAACAUUAGUUGCUCGCCUCACACAUGAUGGCUUCCUAGUCGCUGCCCUCUCAGUCCCAGCAUCCACCGGCUCCAAAUGGCACGGCGCCUGCGUUCUCCCUGGUAAUCCGAUCUGGCGACGCAUUGACUUCCUGGUCGUUCCGGAGACAGAGUUCGGUGCUGCGCUUCUGUAUUUCACGGGUGAUGAUAUAUUCAAUCGCAGUAUUCGCUUGCUGGCUAGUAAGAAGAACAUGCGAUUGAACCAGAAGGGCUUGUAUAAGGAUGUUUUACGUACAUUUGGCCGCGAGAAGUUGAGCGAGGGAACGCUCAUUGGGGGGGCCAAUGAGCGAGACAUCUUUGAUCUUUUGGGUGUGCCGUGGAGACCAGCUCAUGAGAGAAUUUGCUAUUAA